AGAGAGAGAGAGAGAGCGGGAGAGAGAGAUGGGGGGAGCAAGACAGAAAGAAGCAGCAGGAGGUGGGCUGUAGGACUUCUUGUUCCAGUCAGGCAUCAGGGGCAUUACAACUCAAGACAGCCUUGGCUAGCCUUUGCAAAACCAACAACUGCUCUGCUCCUGGCAACACCACGUGAAGACUACCUUUUUCCAUUUUUAAAAGCAAUGUGCCACUGCUGAAGAGAGCACAAAAAAACUAUCUGCUGUCUACACAAAGUGAAACAGCUGCAAGCACAGAAGUCAGACGAGUGCAAAAAGAAAGAAAGAACUGAAAAGGGAAAAGAGUGAAGCACAAAGACGAGAACAGGCGUCAAAAACACAAAAAGGACUGAGACACAACACUCAAGCUGCAGCCAGUCAGAGUCAGUGGAAUGGACCACGGUGCCAGUUGGAUCAAUCCCCAGGUUCCCACACUGCUGUCUGAGGAAGAGGGCUGAGGAACGGCUGCAACAACUACCAACUCCUGAACGAGGAUGAAUGGAGAUGUUCUUUAGGUAAACCUUAAAACAACGCUCUCUGCAACCCGCCUGUUUUAGCUGGAACAGCACGAGCAAACAGCUGGAGCAAGAGGAGGUUGUGGAGAGGAGUCAGGGGGCCCAGAGCACUUCGAGUGCCUCUGGCCCAGAGGAGACGAGUGGGCAGCUCAGUGAGGAAGAACAGGAGCCGCAGGGGGGACACCACGGAGGGGGAGAGGUGGCGGGGGCCGGGCGUCACAUGGCCGUGCAGAGGCUGGUGGCGGCAGCGGUGGUGGUAGCCCUGCUGUCCCUGGUCCUAAACAAUGUCGCAGCCUUCACCCCCAGCUGGGUUCUUCAGGCUCUGGAGGACGGACGUAAGCGGAACGUGGGACUGUGGAGAAUGUGCCCUGGUGGAGCGGAGAAGGGCCGCGAUGACAUCCAAGCUGGAAACAGGAUGCAAGCCACGCAGAGGCAGUGUGAAAGCCUCGGAUGGGGCUCUGAUUACGCAGGCUACCAAGAAUCACGCAGCACUGUGAAAUUGCAGUUCAACAUGAUGCGAGCCUGUAACCUAAUAGCGACAGUGGCCCUGACUGCUGGUCAGCUGAUCUUCCUUCUAGGCCUGGUGGAGCUGCCCUUCAUCACACAAGAAUCCCAGUGGUGGGAGGAGGCCAUCGCUGCCCUCUUCCAGCUAGCUAGCUUUGUGCUCGUGAUUGGACUCGUGACCUUCUACAGGAUCGGGCCCUACACACACCUUUCCUAUUCCUGCUACAUGGACAUAGCAGCUUGCCUUCUGGCCACGCUGGCCGCAGCCAUGCUCAUCUGGAACAUUUUACACCGACGAGAUGACUGCCUCGCGCCUCCACUCAUCAUCAUCAGUCCACGGCUGGCAUCGCCCCUUUACCCACGACUAGACAACGACUACGUGGAGUCGCCUUGCUGAACUAUGUGACCUAACUCAAAGAAAAAGCCAACAAUGACUGAUCGCACAAGGGACCGGCCUGUCAUUGGCAACUGUGUGUGUGUCCCGUGACUCUCAGAAGAAUGGGGCACUCCUAUGGCUCCACAGUGGCUGAAGGAAUACAUGCCAUAUAUUUCCUCCUUGUUCAAUAUAUCAGACUUACUUUGCUGCUUAAAGCACAAGAAUCACCUAUUCUAAGAUAAUAAAUAAAUAAAUAAAUAUAUAUA